AAGAUGCAUGGUGUGGACACUGGCAAGAUUUACUGAUUUUAAAAAAGUCAUUAAGCAAGGCUUAGUAAACUAUAAGUCACAGGGGGCAGAGCCCACUUCAGUGAGACCUCCCGCCCAGAAGCUCUACUUCCACCCUGAGCAAAGCAGGCGCCUUUGCAAAAGGAGUGAAAGCAUCCCAGCUGCCUCCGGCAGCCUACGAACAGACAUGUCCACAGGAAGGAUCUGUUGCCUGGUGCUGCUGACCCUCGGGGUGCUGGCCGUGGUGGUUGUGCUCGUGGUCAUCCUGACUCAACCCGGGUGUGGUUCUCAGCACUACCUGCACGGUGCCGUGGCUGCUGACACCGAGACCUGCUCUAACAUCGGCCGGGACAUCCUGAAAAGUGGAGGCACAGCUGUGGACGCUGCCAUCGCUGGUUUGAUCUGCACGUCGGUGAUGAACCCUCAGAGUUCAGGCCUGGGUGGCGGGGUCGUAUUUACUAUCUAUAAUGCCAGCACAGGAACAGUUGAGGUGAUCAAUGCCCGUGAAACAGUCCCACAAGGGUUUCAUCGUGAUUUGUUUUCUGGCUGUUCUUUUCCAGAAACAGGUUCCCAAUGGAUUGCUGUACCAGGAGAAAUUCGUGGGUAUGAAGAAGCCCAUAAACGAUACGGCCGCUUGCCGUGGAAAGCUCUGUUUGAACCAACCAUCAAGCUCCUUUCAGAGCCACUUGUUGUUUCCUUAGUUAUGGAGAAAAUGAUCCAUCACCCAUUGUUCUCCAAACACGGACAAAACCUGUGCCCAUUGAUAUGUGAUGGUCAAAGGUUUUUGAACCGUGGAGAGACCUUCAGGUGGCCAGCACUGCAGCAGACACUGAGAGCUGUGGCAGAAAAUGGAGCUACAGAAUUUUAUGAGGGACAGAUAGGACAGGCCCUGGUGGAGGACCUCAAGAAGGCUGGGUCUGUUCUCUCAAUGGAGGACCUUAAGGCAUACAAAGCAGAAGUGUCUUCAGCUCUGAACAUUACCCUGAAUAAUAACACCACGGUGUUUUCUCCUCGACCACCCAUGGGAGGUGCUGUGCUCCUGUUUAUCCUCAAGAUACUGGAAGGGUACAAAUUUAGUAAAGCAUCACUGGCAACACCCAAGGUUAAGGAAGAAACCUACCACGUCAUUGCAGAGACCUUGAAGUUCAGCAAUAUGCUGAGACCCCAUAUGAAUGACCCAGCCUUCUCUGAUGCUCAGGUGACUGCGGCGACCCUGCUGUCUGACGAGACCGCUCGCCACGUCAGAAUGAAAAUAAAUGCUUCUGGUGACCAUCCACUCAGCUAUUACAACUUGUGGGAGUCCACCUACAACCACAGAUAUAAAAGUAUGGGCACAAGCCACAUCUCUGUGCUUGCUGCAGAUGGCAGUGCUGUGUCUGCCACCAGUACCAUCAACUACCCGUUUGGCUCCUUUGUGUAUUCUAACCGAACUGGGAUCAUUUUAAAUAAUGAACUUGCUGAUUUCUGCAUAGUGAACAGAAGCAUUAAUCCAGGAGAGAGGCCUCCCUCAGCAAUGGUGCCAUCUAUUCUCAUCUCCAAGACGGGAGACAUGCUGGUGAUUGGAGGAGCAGGUGGAGCCCGGAUUAUCAGCGCCACUGCUAUGGCUGUUAUAAACAAGCUGUGGUUUGGCUACGACUUGGAAGAUGCCAUUUCAUCUCCCAUCAUGCAUAUUAUCAAUGGCAACAUCUCAUUUGAGGAACGCUUCAGUGAGGAUGUUAGGAAUGGCCUGCUGAGAAGAGGACACAAAGCAGUGAAAGAUCAAUUUGCAUUGAAUGUUGUGCAGGGAAUUUCAAAGGAAGGAAAAUGCAUCUCUGCUUACUCUGAUAAAAGGAAGAUGGGGAAAUCGGCUGGUUAUUAGCAAGAAAUCCCACCACAGUUCUAUUGUAGUCAAACCCACAGGAGAUAACUACUUUGAGAACAUGCUUUGGCAUGCCAAUAUUGCCUGUUCCCAUCAGGAUGCCUCCCAAAGUGUGGGCAAACUUGUGAUUACACCUAGCGCCAGGAGACUGCAAGUCACCCUCAGGCAAUACAAGGACAGGUCAGCCAGCCUUGUUUAGAGCUACACACUCCAUUACUUACACAAUAUAUGGAACAAUAUAUCUCUUGAGCAGAUCAGCUAUUCAGACUAAGAUAAUAGAAGGUGCAAAAGGAAACUAGGUCCAAAACUCACUGGGAACACUGCGAAAUGACCCAGCUGUAUCUUCCGUUCCUGCUGGAGAGUAGAGUUGGUUUCUUUCAGGCUGUUGCUAUGCUAAGCUUCCUAUUACUGGAGCUCAGCAAUAUGAAGUAACUAUUUUGGUUAUAAGGAUUAUAAGAAGUGUCUGUGGGAUCAGGAUUAUAAAAUUGUAUGCAUCCAGACUUUGAGAGUGGGUUUGGAAUGGGAAGAGAGCAAACCGCCACACAACCCUUUCGGUUUUCCCAUCCAGAGGAGCCCCUACUUUUCCCAAAGGUGGCAGAUGAAAUCAGUGCACCGUAACACAAGCCUGCUGCUAUGCAUACUCUGCCUUGAGGAAGUGAUGGAUGCCGUGAGCUCUGAGUAACUGUGCUGAAGUUCCAUUCAACUUUGUGUACUGGUUACCAUGAGAAUAAGCCUCCCAUGGGGCAAUGUGAAUUUGGUGCUCCUGGGAGGGACAGGCCUCAGCUUAGCUUCCCAAAGGCACCUCUGCCUGUGGUAAGGGGAGGCCCAGUCUGCGCCAGUUCUUCCUCCUCAAUGCCUGCAGAAAAUAACUUGUUUGGGAAGGCAGAUGAGGAUAGCAGUGGAAAAAAAUGUGCUGUUUUUGGAAGAUUUAUAACUUCAAAAUGCAAAGGAUAAAUAAUGUGAAGACUUCUUUUGUAGCCAUGAGCUUUGCCUGGCCAGGCAAACACCAAAACUGUUGAGAAGUGGUGCCGUGCUGUCAAACAGUCUCAAAACACUCUUCUCCCAUGGCCUAAGGAGAUGCUCCAACUCCUUGUUUACCACAACUAGUCUCAACUGUUCCCUAAAGAUUACAAGGAUAAAAUACUACAGCUAUUUAAGAGACAGAGACAAUGUCAGAGAGCACUAGCAGAGCCCUCCCCUUCCACAUGUUUGUUCUCAGCUCCCACGUGGCCCAUAGUAUUCCUAGUACACAAACAAAUAAGCUUCAUCUGUAUACAGAAUAUAUAUAUAUAUAUAUUUGCUCAUUUGGAGGGGGUAUCUUUUUUUUAACCAUAUUCAAUUUACAUAAUUUGCCUAAAUUUUCUACUUUCAUUAAUGACUCCUUUACCUCAGCUACCAGUUCCUGGAUGCAUUAGUUCUGUUGUCAGAAAUAGCACCCCAACUGCAGAGCUGUUACAGGGGAAAUGCUUGUGGGUACCAGACAACAUGUAGAGCUCGCAUUUCAGAACCACACAAACUAGCUAGACCAGAUGCUGGCUUUAGCAUGAGCUGUAGUUAUUUCUAGCUAGACCUACUUAGAGCUUUCAAAAAGCAACCAAGAAUGGCCUGGCUAGAGACACAGUGAGUGGUUCUUCUUUCCUCAGUAAGUUUCAAGGCACUGUGCUCCAUCAUUUUUCACUACCAGAGAAAACAAGCCAUAAAGUAACAGCUUCCUAAUCCCCUUCAGUUCUGACAUACCAAAGGGUAAAGCACACCUCUGUAAUCCAGCUGAUGCAGUCUAUCAUCACCUUUUCAGUGCACUAUUAGCACAGCUAUUUCUCACCACGAAGACAUGGGAAUAUUAUCUGUAGACUAGCACUCACUGCAAUUUCACUACUGUGCUAUUAGCAUUGAAACUGAGCCAAGUAAGCAGUUUUAAAGCCUGUCACAACUUUCAUUUGCAAGACAGAAAGAAAUGAGUGUGCAGAUCUCUCACUGUAGCAGAGACUUCCACUCUUGGCAGCCUCACUAGCAAAACAUGUGAUGAGGGUGAGCAUUUGUACCACCAACAGCACCUCUGCUCUUGCCCUGCCACCUCCUCAGUGCUGCUGAAACUUGUCUCCCAGCAACAGUCAAGAGUUGUCCAGCUUGGUCCCUCUCCGUUCAUGGCGACGCCAACAGGAGAGCAUUAUUUUUCUACUUAGUCAACUUAUAUGGACUUUUAAAGCACCAUUGUACAGAUGCUCUAUUUUCUAAAUGAAGUUUUUAAAUUAUAUUUUUAAUAAAGUUUUUUUUAAACCUGUC